AUGGAAUCCAAGCAUGUGGAUAUCUACCACGUCUUAAACAUCCCCUUCAGCAACAACGCGCCUAUCCUCUCGAAACAACAGAUCAAAAUCGCCUACCACAAGGCACUCCUCAAGUACCAUCCCGACAAAGCUGCUUCAACCGCGGCGGCAAAACACCUCCCCUCAUUCUCACGGCAACGGGUUCCUUCCUCCGAGUCCGAUACGGCAGUCGCAUACACAGUCGAUGAGAUUACCUAUGCUUAUAAAACACUAUCAGACCCAGUGCUGAGAGCUGAGUAUGAUCGCCAACUGCGGCUACAACGGAAUAACGGGUCGGGCGGCAGGCUGCAAGACGCGGAUGUGUUCCACACUGGACUGGAAGUCAUGGAUCUGGAGGAUUUGAACUAUUCCGACGAUUCAGAUGAAUCGAAGGGGUUUGGUGGAGAGGAGGCAGAUGUAUAUUGGUUUCGUGGGUGCAGGUGCGGUGAUGAGAAGGGAUUUAUUGUCACUGAGGAUGAGCUCGAGGCCGAGGCGCUGCACGGUGAGAUUGUGGUUGGCUGCCGUGGAUGCAGUUUAUGGAUUAAAGUGCUGUUUGCAGUGGCAGAGGAUGGGCAACAUGAUGCGAGUUGA